UAUUCUUUCAUAAAAUUAUAAUUGGUUACCUAAUAUGGCGGAAAAGAACUUUUUAGUUGCUUUGAUUAUUGUCUUUUUGUCAUUUUCUCUUCAAUACGGUAAAAGUGAAGAUGUACAGGAUUCAAAGUCAAGAAUGGAUGCAGAUCGGAUAUCUAGCAUGAAUAUCACAGAUAGGACGAUAUUAAAAUGUAGUUGCUAUCCCAAAGAUAAAUGUUCAGGAUUAGACUAUUGUCAAACACAUUUUCAGUGUUUCAAGGUAUUGGUUCUAGAGAAGGAUUAUGAAAGGUCGGAAUCGGGCUGUACAUAUAGAGAUAAUGGGGACUUGUUUCUAUGUAAAAUCAAACAUACCCACCAUGUUGCCAUUGGUUGUUGUUCUAAUGGAACACGUUGUAAUGAUGAUCUCGCAUUUUCCAGAUUACCUAAUCCUAUUCAAGAAACAUCUGGUGGUGGUGGUACGACUAGAGAUAUAACAAUCUUUGUCAGGCUGAUUGUUGUCCUCGCGCCUGUGGUGCUUUUGUGAAAAAGCUGUCACAGAAAGAGAAGCUAUUUCUUCGACACGAAGAGUGACGGCCACAACAUACAAAAUACACAACUCUCGGGAUCAAAGUUUUUGAGAUAAUAAAAAAGGGUCUUAUUUUGGUGAUUUACAAAGAAUAAUGGAACCGUUUUAUACCCUAGAAACAUCAUUGACGUAAUAUGCAUUUGUUCAUUUAUAUUUUAAAAACUAAAUAUCUGUUUCUACAAUUUGGAUCUUUAAUGAUAUAAGAUAUAAUGACAAAGAUAUUUACUUGUUUAAUGUUUUUAAUGUUUUGUUAUUGUAUGUCACUGCACAAAAACCAUAAUCCUGGCAUAGACUAAUUUUUUUUUAUAAAAGAAAAUUAAUAUUUGAGACGGACAGAAAUAACGACUAGUAUCUGGAAAAUAGUAUCGUUUCUUUGUAACAUGGAACAAUCUCGUAUAAAUGUACUAAUAAGAGCCUCUCUGUCACGAGUUGAUCAUUUCAAAAUUGUAUUUGUCUUUUUUUACUUUUGUUAUUACUUUUCCACUGUUAAAAAAUGUUUGACUGCAUCAAUUUCAGUUGUGUUACAUGUAAGAACACAUUUAAGUGAUAUAAUAAGCUUUCAUUAUGACAUUUUCGUUAGCAUCACCAAUUUACUGGGGAAACUCGAACUAUUUCUCAUCAUUUGCCGACCAUACCUGAUAUUCAAGAUUUUCCUUUGCGACAAAGUCCUAAAAUUAAAAUUUCUAUCAAGAAAUAAAAAAUGUGCGUCUAUUUCAAUUAUUUCACUUGUAUUUUUCUGAAAAAUUGAACAGAUAAAUUUUCAAACAAAGUGACUUAAAUAAUAAUCAGAAUUUAAUUUAGAUCAGGAAUUGUGUAAGAGAAAUAAACCAUGAACAACUUGACGCACAACUCUUGAGUUAGGAUUGACUUUGUCACUGGCAAAGUACUGUCCCUUUAAACACUCUCAAAUCAUGCGUUUGAUUUAGUCAGCACAAAUUGUACUUGAAUUAUUUGAAAUAGUGCUACUACAUGUACAUUUACAGCUAG